CUGUCACUGUCACAUUAAUUGAUUAUGAACUAGUCGAAUCACGGUUACGUUUUCUGUGGUUUAUAAGCUCCGUGAAGUGUGAUCUGUGAUCAUCAGAUAUGAUAGAACACGUAAAUAUUUUUCUUAACAUAGAUUAUUUCAUAAAUCUUGCCGAGUAAUAAAAAGUUUAAUUCUAAGUUUUUGUCUGGUUAUGUUUUGGAGAGUUGUAAUUGACAAUUAGGCACUGUAUUUUCAAAAUGGAUAACAUUAAAUCAUGGACUGCGGAAGACGAAGCCAUCAUAGCGACGAAUAUGGAUGCGACGGAGUGCAAGCGCUGCGCCGUAGAGCUGGGCUACUGGAAGGACGACUACAUCUCAUACUUUGUUCGUCACGCAGAUCGCAAAGCUCCUGAGAUCAAUCGCGGAUACUAUGCUCGAGUCAAGGCUAUGGAAAUGUUUAUCCACCAGUUUUUAGAGCGCUGUGGUACCAAAUGUCAAAUUAUUAACUUGGGGUGUGGCUACGACACUCUGUACUGGCGUUUAAAAGACACCACCCAAGCUGUUGGAAACUUCAUAGAGUUAGACUUCCCAGCGGUAACAGCAAAGAAAUGCCACAUUAUUAAGCGUAAUAAACAACUUUUACAGAAAAUAUCUAAUGAAGACGGCGAGGUGAUGAUCCGGUCGGGCGACCUGCACUCGGACGGCUACCACCUGCUGGGCUGCGACCUGCGCUGCCUGGGCGAGGUGCGGCGCAAGCUGGCGGCGGGCGGCGCCAGCGCGGCGCUGCCGGCGCUGCUGCUGGCGGAGUGCGUGCUGGUGUACCUGCGGCCCGACGCCGCCGACGCGCUGCUGCAGCACCUGGCCGGCGCCUUCCCGCGCUGCGCGCUGCUGCUGUACGAGCAGUGCAACCUGGGCGACACGUUCGGCGAGGUCAUGCUGCGCAACCUGUCGGCGCGCGGCUGCGUGCUGGCGGGCGAGCGGCUGCGCAUGCGGCCGGCGGCGCUGGUGGAGCGGCUGCGCGGCCUGGGCUUCGACGCGGCGCGCGCCUGGGACAUGCAGGCCGUGUGGCGCGCGCUGCCCGACGACGACCGCGCGCGCGUCGAGGCGCUGGAGAUGCUGGACGAGCGCGAGCUGCUGCUGCAGCUCAACACGCACUACGCCUUCUCCGUGGCCACGCGGGGCGACAUCUUCGCCGACAUGGACCUCAACGCAUAGACCGCACCGCGUCCUUCAUUGUAUUUCGUUUCGUGUUUCAUCUGAGAGGACUGUGAUUGUUGCAGCCGCUAGAAAAAAUUACUUGUUCUUGGGCCACCGCUGCGACUAACUCGACGUAGAGCACCACAGUACCUACGUUUUGUAUUAAUGUAUGCGUGUCGUGAUAUGGUUUUUUGUCCAUUUAGUAUUAAAAUAAUAAUUGUCUACAAACCUUGCCACAUUAAGAUUGUAUUACCAAUAUAAUAAUAAUUAUUCUCAGCUUUUACUGUAAUUAAUUAUAUACUGUACUGCUUGUAUAUUAUGCCUCUUAUCAAACAUAAUUACCUUGGAAGAGACAAGUAAUAAAUAACAACACAAAAUACAAAACUUAAAGAAAUAACACACAGCACUUGAACUAACAACACAGAUAUCAGAAAUUAGAAACGGAAAUUUGAAUUUGUACUGGUAUAUGCAUUGCGUAUAUUUCUACGUAUUAAAUAUAACCAGGAGAAUAGUAUCAUUAUUUCAUGUUACAGUAAGAUGUUCAAUCAAUCUGUGUUAAUUUGUUGUUGCAAAGCAAACCACACUCCUUUAUUAGAAUGUUCACGUAUAUCAUAAUUGAGCAUGCAAUCUUUUUUCGCACGCGCCCUAUUGAAAAAUUAUAUUCAUACAUUUUGGAUCUCUCACCUAAUUUUUUAAUCAAGUAUGGACUAAUGUUUUUUAAAGCUAUUUAUAUUUAACACCCGCUACUAUUGUUGUAUAGUUCAAUUGACUCCGGAAAUGGGAAUACUUAUUCAACUGUGCACCUAUUGCUUUAUUGUUUUUAGUAUUUCUUUUUUCCAUACAUAGAAUUGUGAUAAAUUUGUUAAGCGAUACAAUAGAUAUUUGCGACCGCAAUAGAUACAACAGGCUAUGUAUACAUAGUGAUGCAACAGCUUUCUUUCACUUUUAGAGCUCAAUGUUAUUAAUGUUUGUACAUAAGUUGUCGUGUAUAUGUUACCUUGUAGAGUAUUCAUACCUUUUAGAGUAUGUCAUGCGUAUCUAUGCGUCCUGCUUUUGUCAUUCAGCUGAUGUUCACUUGCAGAAAUAUUAGCUAACCAUACGUUUAACGUUCGACGAACCAUAACUAAGCUCCCAUUAUCAUUAAAGUAAAUAAAUCUGUGCUGCGCACCUUGUAGAUGUCGUAGUUAAUAUUCGAAGGCACCUUUCAUGUACUUAUAUCAUGAUGUAAGAUGUAAAUUGAAGAUGUGAAUUGAUGUAAAUUGAAGUAUCAUUUAAAAAAUAAUACUUAUGAUGUUUAACUAUUACGUACACUUUGUCUGUACGUCUUAAGUGCAAGUCAGAUACAAAAUCUUGGAAGAUACAUAUCAACAAGCGACAGUGAAGAGGAAACGUGCGUUAAUGUAGGUCAGUGGAGGAUACUUACUUACGACGGGACGGCGAGCGUGACGUCAUGAGGUCGCCGUGUUCGCCUCCCGUUUGCCCCAGAUGCAAGUACCCACUUAUUCGUUUCUGAGCGCUUUCUAAAUAGAUUGUUGAUUCGGACUGCCGCCGCCCUCUACCCCGCCCGAAAUAUAGUGUUAAUUUCCUUAUUUGAAGAGGUACGCGACUAUCCAAUCCCAUUUGCUUUUGUCUUUCCCUUUAAACCGUUCUUCAUACAGACGAAGGAGGUAAAAUCAAACGAUUACGAUUCAUACUCAUGCUGAACCCUUAUAUAUUCUAAUGUAGGUACCGUAGCACCUGAAGUGCAAAUAAGGUGGUAAACCUCUUUCAGAUCAGCUUGAUGGCCUGUGACGAUUGAGGGACCAAAUAUUAAGGGCAGAAGUUUUUAGUCUAUUCGCGCAUUUGUUCUACAAUAGUUGUCAUCACAUGCCUAUUUAGAAAGCGCUCAACAUAAACUUGCUGAAGUAGAUGAAAAUAUUGUUGUUGUACUUUUUGAUCACACUAUAAAAUAAUGACUCGUAUCCAUAGGUUAUUGGUACGUGUCGAGCGGCGAGUCUCAAAAUUUUAUGUGGGUUUAGUCAGUCGAUUACUAUUACGAUAUAAAAGUAGAUUUAAGUGUUAAAUAUUUAUUUAUGCUAUAAACAUAUUUAACCCACUCAAA